UGCGAGAACCGCCACGCGCCGGCCCCUGGCUCCCCGGCGUUCAAGCAGCCCGCGUUCGACGCAUUUGGCCCCACCACGGAGCCUGGCCACCCCCUCGGCGCCCGCAGCCGCCUCGCAAACACGCCCUGCACGGCGGCGGCGCCCCCGGCGCAGGCGCCGCAGGCGCAGGCCGCCGCGCAGGCGCAGGCCGUUGACCAGCAGCAGCAGCAGCAGCAGCAGCAGCAGCAGUCGUCCUCAUCGUCGUCUGGCGGCCGCAGCGGCGGCCUCCUGCGGUUUGGGCCCGGGGCCCGCAUGCGGCUCGGGCCGCAGCGCUGA